AUGUUUGAUCACCAGGACCACAGGUACAAGGACACUGGGCCUGAUCACCAGGACCACAGGUACAAGGACACUGGGCCUGAUCACCAGGACCACAGGUACAAGGACACUGGGCCUGAUCACCAGGACCACAGGUACAAGGACACUGGGCCUGAUCACCAGGACCACAGGUACAAGGACACUGGGCCUGAUCACCAGGACCACAGGUACAAGGACACUGGGCCUGAUCACCAGGACCACAGGUACAAGGACACUGGGCCUGAUCACCAGGACCACAGGUACAAGGACACUGGGCCUGAUCACCAGGACCACAGGUACAAGGACACUGGGCCUGAUCACCAGGACCACAGGUACAAGGACACUGGGCCUGAUCACCAGGACCACAGGUACAAGGACACUGGGCCUGAUCACCAGGACCACAGGUACAAGGACACUGGGCCUGAUCACCAGGACCACAGGUACAAGGACACUGGGCCUAUCAGAUACAAGCAACUCACUAAAGAGACUUUAAAUGCCGCCGCCACCUUCUACCAAUGA